AUGUACGACGGUGCCAAGGUCCAGUGUGAUUUGCAUGACAGUGACUGCGUCACUAAAGUUUCUAAAGUAAUAUUUCCUGAAUUCGUUAAUGGUAUUCCUGGUGUAGAACCUUCUGAUCCUUUGCGCCAAGAGUUGAUUGUAGCCGAUCUUCCUACAAUAAAAUACACUAUUAAGAACGGUGCUUUGUCUGGAUUUAAGAAAUGUGGAGUUGAAUUAAUAAGAUUCUCGAAGGAUUUAACAUACGAAUAUAAUAUAAAAUGCCCACUAGUUACUAUCGAAGGCGAAUAUGAAAUAAAGGGUAAUAUAGGCAAGAAUUAUAUUGAAGGCAAGGGUACUUUUAAAGCUGAUCAUUACGACUAUCAUUUCCUCUUGCAUGGCAACUACGAGAUAAUGAAACGCGAUGGAAAAACAUACGUACGUUUUACAAGCCAUACGCUCAAUCUGGAUGUGAAAGGAAAAGUGGUAUAUAACCUCAGAAAUCUGUUCAAUGGUGACAAGCAAAAAUCGGACGCUGCUCACGAAAUGAUGAACGAAAACUGGAAAGAAGUGGACCAAACAUUGCGUCAACCAGCCAUGGAAGCAUUUAUAAAAGUAUUUAAGAAAAAUCUCAAUGAGUAUACAAAAAUAAAAGCUGUUGAAGAUGUGCUUAAUUAUGAUGAAUAA